CCUUACGACUCUCUCGCUAUGCGCCACCGCAUGUUCUUCGCCCUGCAGUCCCGCGACCCGCCGCACCCCUCCCUACAAAACGCCGCCGCCGCUCACGCCCACGCCCAUGUGUCCGCCGCUGUGCACGCCGCGCAGCAGCAGGCCGCGCAGCAGGGCGUCUCGUUGAGUCCGCAGCAGAUUCAGCAGGUGCAGAGGCGCGCAUUGGCGCAGGCGCAGCAGGGGUUGGCGCAGGCACAACAGGGGGCACCGGUGGUGACGGUGGCGGCGCCGUCGUAG